AUGGAUCACUCAACGUUGAAAUUUGUAAGCUUCUUCUGUGUGUUGUACAUGGUAAAAAGCGUUGAAAGUUACGCCAGAAUUCAAGCAUGUGAUUCUGGGCGGGAAAGUUGCGAUUUAAAGGUUAGUGAAACUACCCACGCCUGUGAAUGUUCGUCUCCAUUCUGGGACCAAGUACCGGCACGUAUUACAGACUACGACGUAUUUAACGGGACUGUAACUGUCGAUCCCUGGAACUAUGUGCAACGUAUGGGUCUGUAUAAAAUAUUGUUGAAAUCCACCGAAAAAUACAUGCGCGACUUCGGGCCUCGUAAUUUAGGCAACAUUCUUUGGGGCCUUCCACUCCAAUUUGGAUGGCAGUUCUCAACACAUCGUCUGAACGAUCCAUUCAAUUUACAAAGUGAUCAAGAAGACAAGUUCUACGUAUCGCAUAACAGCUUUUGGGCCAGUAUGAACUACUACCUGUCAGUUAUUCCAUUCCUUUGCGCCGUUGAAGCAGGUGUCAUUGACCUCGAGGGACUGCAACUUAAAUUGUUAAAACCAAGUGGGCGCGCUGAUCAAUACUGCAAUAGUAUUGCUUCUUGCCGUGAAUUAAUUCCACAAGCGUUUCAAAAAUGGAUUGAAUUUUACCAACAUAUGAAACACAUUACUUGCCGCAAGGGCCAUUGUACUCCCAUAGGCGCAGCGCAACAAGACUAUUUACUGUACUAUAUGUGGGACGCUCAUAAAGCUUCCUUGGAAUCUGCUUAUGAGAUAUUUGAAGAUCUCCUUUCGGGAUAUCCACUUGCAGAACAGAAGUUUGGACGUGGAUGGACACAUUUUGUCGAGUAUACCGCUUCUCUCCGAUUUGUCACUAACUGUACAUACACAUACUUUUUCGAAGAGCUGUCUCUUCCGAAACGACUCCUCAGAGAUGGAGACCACCCGCCUUUCAUUCGGGAUCUUACAGUUUACGAGAACCAAUCCCUGGCAAUAAUCAAUGUAUUAUUGUUUGUCGAUUCGUAUACAGGUGACGCAUUUCUGUCGCUGUGGGAGAGGACCAUGUGCUCUUACGAAGUACGGAAACAGGCGAUGUUACUGUUGACUACUAUUUUAAAUGACAAGAUGCGGAUCCCCGUCAUGCUGCUGCGACUUAUAGAGAGGAUCAUCUCCACGUGCGUUUUCAUUGAAUAG